GCCGCGUCGCCGGUUCCUGCGCCGCCCGUCUCACCUCGCUUCUCCUGUCCCGGCAGAGGCCCGGGCGGCCAGCGCGAGCAGCUGGGACCAUGUUCCGACGCAAGCUCACGGCCCUGGAUUACCACAACCCCUCAGGCUUCAACUGCAAAGAUGAAACGGAAUUUAGAAACUUUAUCGUUUGGCUUGAAGACCAGAAAAUCAGACACUACAAGAUUGAAGACAGAGGUAACUUGAGAAACAUCCACAGCAGUGACUGGCCCAAGUUCUUUGAAAAGUAUCUCAGAGAUGUUAACUGUCCUUUCAAGAUUCAGGAUCGGCAAGAAGCGAUUGACUGGCUUCUUGGUUUAGCUGUUAGACUUGAAUAUGGAGAUAAUGCGGAAAAAUACAAGGAUUUAGUACCUGAUAACAAGAAAAAUACUGACAACGCAGCUAAAAAUGCAGAGCCAUUGAUCAACUUGGACGUAAAUAACCCUGAUUUUAAGGCUGGUGUCAUGGCUCUGGCUAACCUCCUUCAGAUUCAGCGUCAUGAUGACUACUUGGUAAUGCUUAAGGCAAUUCGAAUUUUGGUUCAGGAACGUCUAACACAGGACGCAGUUGCUAAAGCAAAUCAAACAAAAGAGGGCUUACCUGUUGCUUUAGACAAACAUAUUCUUGGCUUUGACACAGGCGAUGCAGUUCUUAAUGAAGCUGCUCAAAUCCUGCGGUUGCUGCACAUAGAAGAGCUCAGAGAGCUACAGACAAAAAUUAAUGAAGCCAUAGUAGCCGUUCAGGCCAUCAUUGCUGAUCCAAAGACAGACCACAGACUGGGGAAAGUUGGAAGAUGAGCACAUGAGGAUGUCAGCUUCUCACCUGCUUAGUGAUGGGAACCGUUACACCGGUGUGUGCUGUGAAAUCAGAUGUCACACUUUCAAGGGAGAAUUCCGGGAGAUUGACCAUGUUCUAGAGAUUUACCACCACUGCUUUUUUCUUUAAUAAAGUUGGGGAAGUAAAAGGC